AGUAUGACCACAGGAAGAGAGAAAACAUGUAAAAUGGAAAAAGGAAAAUGUAUAGAUGGGCAGAAAGAAAGGUACACUGACAGAAGUGGCUGGUGGAGAAACACUAUUAAGAACUAUCCCAUUCCUGGCAGUUAUCACAUUCGGGACUUCAUAGAGGAGACAGAACUUAACCCUGUGCCUAGGACGUAUGGCUUCAAAGGCCCCAAGCGAAACACCCUCAUGUCGAUUGUACAUCGAGGGGACGUGCUAUUGCCCGGGGCAUAUAACUUCACCGACUCAACCAGUGAGGUUCUGCAGCGCCAGGCAACUUACUCUUUUAAAAGCUGCCCCAGACCUGACAUCCACACUUUGGGCCUCAGGGAUAAGGAUAUUAACCUCUCACCCGGUCAGUAUGAUGUUACGGAGAAGCCUGUCCCCAAGUCACCUUGCAAGCAUGUGAUGUUCCGAUCAGCCGUACAGAGGGUCAGCUUUCUCCCGAAAGAGGGACCAGCACCUGGACAUUACAACCCAAGGCAAAGCGCAGGCAUUGCAGUCACAUCCUGCUUUAGGUCUGCUGUACCACGGCUGUACAGUGUGCACUCGGGAACUCCAGGACCAGGUGUGUAUGAGCCCACAUGGCACAGAGGUCAGCGGCUUAGCACUGAUGUCAAAGUGGACUGGGCCCAUGACCUCCUUUUUCGCAACAUACCAUGAACUUUUUUUUCUUUGAUCUUCCCAUAUAUAUUCAUUUAAUUAAAAUUUCCCAUUCUUUUGUAAGUAAAGUGUUCCCAGGUUUAGUGUUGAAAUAAUUUUAGCUGUUGUUUUAACAUCGAAAAU